AUGGAUCAAAUGAUUAUUGAGCGUGAUGUCUCGAUUCCCACAUCAGAUGGAAUCACCUUGAGAGCGGAUGUAUUCCGUCCUAAAGGUGGCAACCCGGCUCCGGUCAUCAUGACUCUAGGCCCGUAUGGCAAAGGUGUUCACUACAAAGAUGGAUACAGACCCCAGUGGGAGUGGCUUAUUAAAACCCACCCAGACAUCCUACCCGGCUCAACUCGGUCAUUCAUGACCUGGGAAACAGUCGACCCAGAGACAUGGGUGCCCUGGGGAUACGUGUGUAUAAGAGUCGAUAGCCGAGGAGCAGGCCGCUCGCCUGGUUACUUGGACAUCUUCUCUCCACGCGAAACAAGAGACUAUUACGAAGCCAUUGAAUGGGCCGGUGUCCAACCAUGGAGUAAUGGUAAGGUUGGUCUGAAUGGUAUAUCGUAUUAUGCAAUCAAUCAGUGGCUAGUGGCUGCCCUUCAACCACCCCAUCUGACUGCCAUGAUACCUUGGGAAGGAGUUGCAGACGCUUACCGCGAUUGGUGUCGUCAUGGUGGUAUCCUGUCGAAUACAUUCACCGAUAUGUGGUAUCAUAGGCAGGUGGUCAGCAUUCAACACGGAAACCCCGAUGCUAUCGUUGACUCCUGGCUCAAUGAUCGAGCUAGUGGCCCACCGUCCAGUUUGCUUGAUGAAAAACAGCUUGAGAAGAACCGCUCGAACCCUGUUGCGGAUGCACUCCGUCGCCCUCUAGACGGUGAUUUUUAUCGUCAAAAAUCGGCGGACUUUUCUAAAAUCACUGUACCAUUCUUGAGUGCUGCCAACUGGGCUGGAUUUGGUCUGCAUGAACGAGGAAAUUUUGAAGCAUUCACACAAUCUGCAUCGAAGCAGAAAUGGUUGGAAUGUCAUCCAGGACGUCAUGAGGAAUGGUUCUAUCUAAAAGAAGGCAUAGAAAUUCAAAAACGCUUCUUGGAUCAUUUCCUCAAGGGCGUUGAUAUUGGAUGGGAUAAGCAGCCUCCUGUAUUGCUCCGGCUGCGACGUCCAUUCAGCGAGGAAUUUGAAGUGCGACACGAGCUGACAUGGCCUUUGCAAGACACGAAGUGGACUCCCAUCUACUUUUCCGCCUCGGAAAAACUUCUUUCAUUUUCGACACCUGAAAAGGAGAGUUCGGUGUCUUUUUCUGCACUUCAGGAUCCUGUCAAUUUUGUAUCCUUGCCUCUGGAACAUGCUACAGAACUUACAGGUCCGCUGGCUGCAAAGAUUUUUGCAUCUAGUUCGACUACGGAUCUGGAUCUAUUCGUCACUUUACAAGCUUUCUCACCCGAUGGCCGAGAAGUCGAAUUCCAAGGCACUGUCGAUCCUCACACACCCUUAGCGCAAGGCUGGCUUCGAGCCUCGCAUCGCAAGCUUGACCCAGUGAGGACUUUACCUUAUCGACCCUAUCACAGUCAUGAUGAAAUACAACCACUCGAACCCAAUCGAAUUUAUGAGCUCGAUGUCGAAAUAUGGCCCACAAACAUCUUGCUGCCGGCCGGAUACCGUCUUGCAAUUCAGGUGAGUGGAAAAGACUUUGAACGCACGGAUCCGACGAAGGAUGGUAAUGAGGCAUGGGCUGGUCGUGGUUCUGGGCCGUGGUUGCACACACAUCCUGAGGAUCGACCUCAUGAGAUAUUUGGAGGUAUAACUACUAUCUAUGGAGGAGGAUCCAGGGCAUCUUAUCUACUUCUGCCUAUCAUUGAGUCAAGGUGA